AUGUACCUCCUUCCCUUGACGCUCUUCCUCACCGCUGCUUUCGGCGUCUCAAUCCCCAGAUCUCCCCUCAUCCCCGGCGCACAAAUCAUCCCCGCAUCCAGCACAGCAGAUCUACGAGCCAUUGGUGCUCAACAUCACAAGUAUCCAGACCGAGAGACAGUUACUAUUCGGGCCUCGAGGAACGCCCUCGACGAUGUGUCCAGUGACUUCCUCUGGGGCUUGAAGCAGGCGAACCAUGGCGGUCGGUUGUUGUUGAAGCAGGGGGAGACCUACGUGAUUGGGAAGAAGUUAGAUUUGACAUUCUUGGAUAACAUUGAGGUGCAGCUUGAGGGAGAAAUUCAGUUCACAAACAACAUCACCUACUGGCAAGCCAACAACUUCUACUACGACUUCCAGAAAUCCAUCACCUUCUGGCGCUGGGGUGGCCAGGACAUCAAGAUCUUCGGGAGUGGUGUGUUGAACGGCAAUGGACAGAAAUGGUAUGAUGAGUUUGCGGGGAAGCAGAUCUUGGACUCAGAUAACACGUUCUACCGUCCCAUUCUCUUCCUCACCGAUAAUGCAACCCGUAUCUCCGUCGAGGGCAUCACGCAGCUGAACUCGCCGUGCUGGACGAACUUUUUCGUUCGGACCAACGAUGUCUCGUUUGAUAAUGUGUAUAUCCAUGCGUUCUCGACCAAUGCUUCAUCCGACCCCGCCAACACCGACGGUAUGGACUCUCUCGACGUCGAUGGCGUCAGCUUCACCAAUAUGCGCAUCGAUGUCGGAGAUGACUGCUUCUCGCCGAAACCGAACACGACCAACAUUUUCGUGCAGAAUAUGUGGUGCAAUAACACGCACGGGGUGAGUAUGGGUAGUAUUGGCCAGUACGCGGGCGAGAUGGAUAUCAUUGAGAACGUGUACAUCGAGAAUGUGACGUUGCUGAAUGGACAGAACGGCGCCCGCCUCAAAGCCUGGGCCGGCCAAGACGUCGGCUACGGCCGCAUCAAUAACGUCACGUACAAGAACAUUCAGAUCCAGAACACAGAUGCGCCGAUCGUGCUGGACCAGUGCUACUUUGAUAUCAACGCUACAGAGUGUGCUAAGUACCCGUCUGCUGUGAAUAUCACGAAUAUCCUGUUCGAGAAUAUCUGGGGCUCUUCCUCGGGCAAAGAUGGCAAGAUUGUAGCCGAUCUGGUGUGUUCGCCAGAUGCGGUGUGCACGAACAUUACUUUGUCGAACGUCAACUUGACGAGCCCGAAGGGCACUGCAGAGAUUGUUUGCGAUGACAUUCAGGGAGGAAUUGGGGUGGAUUGUGGAAGCGGUAAAACCACCCUUCUCGAACACAUCCUCCUCUCACCCGACCAUGGCCUCCGCAUCGCAGUCAUAGUCAAUGACAUGAGCAGUUUGAACAUCGACGCAACCCUAAUCAAACACCACCACACCGUCUCCCACACGAAGGAAUCCCUCAUCCAGCUACAAAACGGCUGCAUAUGCUGCACACUCCGCGGGGACUUACUCGCCGAGCUAGCUCGACUCGCAUCCCAAGAUGGAGUCGAGUACGUCGUUAUCGAGAGCACAGGGAUUAGUGAGCCGAUGCAGGUAGCUGAGACGUUCACGGCGGAGUUUGGGGCUGCCAUGUUGGAGGCGGAUGGGGAUGGGAGUGGUGUUGAUCAGGUGUUGAGUGCGGAGGAGAGGAAGGUUAUUGAGGAUAUUGUCAAACAAGGCGGUCUCCACACCCUCACUACCCUCGACACCACGGUAACCGUCAUCGACGCAUUCAAUCUCCAUUCUAACCUGGACACCGCGGAAUUUCUGUCCGAUAGAUAUACCUCCGGGGAAGUAAUCCCCGAGGAUGAGCGAACCAUUUCCGACCUGAUGGUCGAUCAGAUCGAGUUCGCGGAUGUGAUUAUCAUCAACAAGAUUGAUCUCGUUGAUAAGGUUGCUAAAGAGAAGAUCCACACGCUGAUCAAAUUGCUUAAUCCCGCGGCCAAGGUCAUGGAGGCGAAGUACUCCAAGAUCGAUGUUAGGGAGAUCCUGGGCACGGGGAGGUUUGAUUUCGUCAAGGCGGCGAGUGGUGCGGGCUGGCUGAGGAGUCUGCAUGAGAUGAGUCGGUUGAAUACUGGGAAUGGAGACAGGGUGGCGCCGCGGCCGGAGACGGUUGAGUAUGGGAUUAAUAACUUUGUGUAUACGGCUAGACGGCCGUUUCAUCCCAGGAGGCUGUUCAAGUUGCUCCAUGAUAAGUUCAUUAUCUUGCAGAAUGCGGCUGGGGCGGAUGAUGAUGAUGAAGAUGAAGAAGAUGAUGAAGAGGAUGAUGAUGAUGACGAAGAAAUGAAAGAUGACGAUGAAGAUGACACCGAAGACGAGGAAGAAGAAGAAGACGACGAAGAAGACAUCACCUCCAUCCCCCCCGAAACCAUCCUUUCCAACAAACGCUCUGACCCCAUCCUCGCCCCAAUCCUCCGCUCCAAAGGCUUCUUCUGGCUUGCCACCCGCCCAUACCAAUUCGGCGAAUGGAGCCAAGCCGGCGCCAUGCUCACAUUGGGCUGUGGUGGCGGGUGGUUCGCCGAACUACCUGACGAAGCAUGGCCGGAGGAUGCGGACGUGCGCAAGUCCAUUGAAGACGACUUCAAGGGUGAAUGGGGCGAUCGGCGUCAGGAGAUUGUCUUCAUUGGUGAGGGCAUUGAUACGACAGCAAUUAAAAAGCUGCUUGAUGAGUGUCUGCUAGACAAAAAGGAGAUGAAGAAGUGGGAGAAAGUGAUGCGGACGAAGGGGGUCAAGAGGGCCGAGAAGCAGGAGGUUAUGGCGGGGAUUUGGGAGGAUGGAUGGGAGGAUUGGCCUGAUUUGGAGGAGGAUGAUAUUAAGGAUGAGGAGGAGGAGAAGAAGGGGGAGAAGAGUGGGAAGAGGAAGGCAAGUGAGUUGAUGAAUGGUCAUGGACAUGGACAUGCUCAUGCUCAUGGGCACUCCCAUGCACAUGGACAGGGACAUAAGACUCGACCAGUGGUUAAGAAAUGA